AUGCAAAUCUUCAAGCAUCUUGCCGUGCUGGUGCCUCUGUCGCUUGCACUGACGGCAAGCGCAGCGAGUCUAUCUCCAAGACAGAAUGAAACUGCAGAAGAUGCUGUGAUUGAUACUUACGCAGCAUCAAGUGUACAGCUCAACAACUUUUGCCCAACUGUGACCAGGACUUCCACCAAAACAGAAACAGAAAUCAAGACCAGCACGACCACUUGCUACGAGACUAUCACUGCCACAUCAACAGUCUACAUUACGCAAUCGACAGAACGUACCAAAACAUCGACAGUGACUGACGAAGAGACAACAACUAAAACAACCAUUGACACCGAAUACAUUACUCAAACUGCUACUUCUGUGGUGACCACUUCUUAUCCCUCUUAUGUGACCGUUUGCGCUGGCUCCAGAGUCACGGUCGCCAAUGUGCAUCCUACAUCCGCUGUGACAUGCGUCGUUUCGACUAUUUGGAACACGGUCACAGAGACUGAGAGGACUACCUUUACUCUUCCCGUGACCACGACCGCAACGGACACGGAAACGGAAACGGACACGGCAACGAUCACAACCACUGAAACCUCGGAAACGACGUACACCACCUCGGUGCCGACCACACUCACCGCGACAGUCACAUCUACAACCGUGGUGCCAACUACCGUAAUAGUCGACCACACGAGCACACUCACGAGCUCCGUAACAUCAACCUACACAACUGUGUCAAUCUUUACCACAAGCGUGCCAACCACCAUCACCGACACUUUGACAUUGACAACUACUUCUGUUUCUGUUUCUGCCACCACAGAAUCGACGACCUCCUAUACCACGCUUACCACUACGGCAACCUAUGUCACGGUUUCUGUCAGCACGAUAGAAGAGUCCAUAUUCACCACAAACACUUUCACCACUACAGAGGUUCUGACUACUACACAACCAGCAGUGACAGUCACGACUCAACUGCCAGGUUCGAUCACGACGCUUCCGGGAUCGGUCACGACACUUCCAGGAUCGACAAUCAUCUCACUGAUCACGGUAACUGAGAGUGGCACAACCUUCACAACGACAAGUACAAUAAUUGUCCCGCCAGUAACGGUGACAGCAACCUCAACCAUAACACAAAUCUCGGUUUGCCCUGUGCCAACGAAUACUGGCUCUGCAUACCCAGUAUACAAUCCCAAAUCGGAUUUGACAUUCGGAUGCCCAGCCGGCUCAGUUUGUAGUCCGCCCAAGCCCAACGGAUGCAAUGUCUUUGCAGAAAUUCCUGCAAAUGAGUAUGUCUGCACAGGAGCCUGCAUCCCGUCACCCAAUCCCCAGACCGUCACAUGGCCCGACGAGGACGAAGACUGCAAAAAUACGACAGGCGGAUAUUACCCGGUUGUUGAUGGCUUCUUCUACCUGAAUCCUGAAGCUUUCGGCUUAAGCUACGACAUCUUCACCUCUGAGGUUUAUACAACCACGAUCACGGGAAAGCAUGGCCACAAGAAGACCACAACCGUGACCACUGGCAACUGGGAGUCACAAACGUCUCUCAGUGAGUGGCCGUUGCCAACCACAACCACAACGACCAGCUCCAGCAUUGCUGCAUAUCCUACCUAUGAAGCGCACCAGCAGCGACGAGACCAUCCAUUGGUUGAUCGAGGACUUUUCAAGAGAGGAGAAACCGCGCCAGCCAAGUGUUUUACGUUUUGUAACAAUGCACAGACAGAGGCUCAAAGCGUAGGAAAGAGCACUGGGCUUUGCAAACCAGAUUCUGUGUUUAAUCAAACUUUACAAGCUUGCGAAAAUUGUAUUGCAGGGCAUGGCGGUGAAGUUCAAGACACGUCAGAGGGUUAUGUGAGAUUAACAUUCCAGCAAUACCUCGAUUACUGCAAAGAACAAGAUGCUGGUCAGGUCACAACCACAACCUCGGCGGGACAGGGAGAAGCCUCCGGCACUGCACCAAUUACAACCGAGUCACAAGGUGCGCCUUCAACGGGCAGUGGUAUCGUAUCGGUCCCCAUUUCGUCAGACAGCUCUGCCUCGACCGGCUCAAGUGGUUCCUCGGGGUCAACGUCAUCUAGAACAGGAUCAGCAACUACAAGUGGCAGCUCCAACACGGGAGCAUCACCAACAGGCAGUGGCAACUCCACGUCAGUCACUGGCGGAGGUGGUGCCUCUGGCAGUACUGCGAGCACAGACAGCUCCGGUCACACGACCAGCUCAGUGGACGCCGUCACCGGUUCCGGAACGAGCAGUGGCGGCGGCAGUGGAAGUACUGUCGCUACUCCCACUACGUCUAUUGUUGGCACUGGUUCCCUGACUGGAACUUCCACGACCGGCACAGCAACGUCGGUGGUGACGGCAGCGGCAGCACGAGUGUCCCUGGCUACGGGCUCGGGCUCGCUGCUCUUUACCAUUUUGGCAUUCAUUUUUGCCUUUUAA